CGUGCGUCUAGGACCAGGAAGUGUUCUGCCGCUGAACGUCGCGGAGGAGUUGUUUAUCUUAACUGAGACAUACAGCGCUUAACAGGAUGUUACUGCCAAUGUUCCUGGGAAGCAUAAUUUCUGUUACCAUGGCCGCGACCAAUGGGCAGCAGGAACAUGGGCCUCCACCUCCUCCUCCUUCUCCUUCUUCGCCUCCUCCUCCGCUGUUGCUGGUGUCCUUCGAUGGGUUCCGGGCAGACUACCUGUGGCAGUACCCUAUGCCCAACCUGGAGCUCCUGUACCGGGGAGGAGUGCUGGUGGAGGAGCUGACCAACAUCUUCAGCACCAAGACCUUCCCUAACCACUACAGCCUGGUGACGGGUCUGUACGCCGAGUCCCACGGCAUCCUGGCCAGCAACAUGUACGACGCGGCCCACAACAAGACCUUCAGCCUGGCCCACGACCAGGACCCCUUCUGGUGGAGCCAGGCCCUGCCUCUGUGGCUCACUGCGCUGGACUCCAACUACAGCACGGCCGCCGCCAUGUGGCCCGGCUCGGACGUGGCCAUCGGCAACCGCACCGCCACGCACUUCCUGCCCUACAACGCCUCGAUGCCGUUCGCAGAGCGUCUGGCCGAAGUCAGCAGCUGGCUGAGGGGCAGCGAGCAGGAGAGAGGGGUGAUGUUUACAGCCCUCUACUGGGAGGAACCAGACAGGACGGGUCACAAGUACGGCCCGGACAACACCUCAGCCAUGACCCAGGCACUGAAGGAGGUGGACGACCACGUUGGUUUGCUGGUAUCGGAGUUGCAGCGGGCGGGGCUGUGGGGGCGUGUCAACGUGCUGGUGACCAGUGAUCACGGCAUGACGCAGUGCUCCGCCCAGCGCCUCAUCCGCCUGGACGACUGCCUGCACCCAAACAACUACACCCUGGUGGACCUGGCCCCGGUGACCGCCCUGCUGCCCACCCAGGAUGCAGACAAAGUGUUUGACCUGCUGGACAAGUGCCACCCCCACAUGACGGCCUACCAGAAGAAAGCCAUCCCUGAUAGGCUGCACUACCGCAACAACCCGCGCGUUCAGCCAAUCAUCCUUUUGGCUGACGAGGGCUGGAUGAUCAUCCAGAGGGGGGACCUGCUCCCCACACUGGGUAACCACGGCUAUGACAACGCGUUACCCAGCAUGCACCCGUUCCUGGCGGCGUCGGGGCCCGGGUUCCGCCAGGGCUACCGCAUGUCGGGGCUGCAAAGCGUGGAUGUCUACCCCCUGAUGUGCCACCUGCUGGGCGUGGUGCCGGCGCCCCACAAUGGCAGCCUGGCCAAGGCACGCUGCCUGCUGCAGGGGGAGGGCUGUCUGGACGUGGCCCUGGUGGCGGGCGUGGUGGUUGGCGUGUUGUUGCUGCUCACCAGCGUCACAUGUCUGUUCGGCCUGAUGAGGCCCCGCGGGCCCCGAAGGCCCCUACAGUUCAGGAGGCUCCACCUGGAGGAGGGGGAGGAGGAGGAUGACGAUGAGCCCCUGCUGGACUAGACUUGGGCUGCACCAGAAUGGGUCUAGAGUUCUAGACCUUGACUAGACCUCGACUAUACCUCUCUAGACCUGGACUAGACUAUGCCUGUCUAGACCUGGACUAGACUACAUCAGACUAGACUUGGACUAGACUAGACCUGGACUGGACUCGAACUGAGAUUAGACUUGAACUGACUAGACCAGGACUAGACUUUGGCUGGACUAGAAUGGACUGGCCUCUCCUAGUUCCAGGUCUAGAUUAGACCUGGAACUAGGCUAGAACGGGACAGCGGCCCUACUGGUUCUGUAGGAUUGCACUAGCUCAGGACCCUACUGGCUCUGUAGGAAUGCACUAGCUCAGGAGCCUACUGGCUCUGUAGGACUGCCCUAGCUCAGGCCCCUACUGGCGCUGUAGGACUGCCCUAGCUCAGGCCCGGCGGGCCCCCGGCCUCUUCAUGGUUUGUUUAGCUUCUUGACAGGAUUGCGUCUUUGCACAUGUGUUGCGUCGGCUUUGCAGCCAAGUUGCGGAGGAGAAAGCAUCCAUAGCAACAGCAGCGGGUACGGUCUCAGCCUGUCGCGAGACUGGGAAUCAUGGUAUGAAUACUAUUAAUAUAAUAAGUUGAUGCUAAUAAUAAUAAUAUCAUCCAGGAUUGUAGAAAUGAAUAAUAGAGUUAAUGAAUAGAGAUACUGUAAUUCUCUUUUGUUCACUGGAUUCAAAGAGGAAGCUACUGAGAUCUACAUUUUGUGUUUAUAUGGAUAUGUUUUUAUAUGGUUAUUUACAAAAGCGUUGCAAGUUCAGAUUUAUUUCCCCCACAUUGUCAUUAGUCGGUUCUCCCACCAGACGGGUUGAGAUACUUCAGUCUAGUCUGUAGUAGUUUUAACAAGUUAGAAACUGGAAUACAGUGAAAUGGAUGAACAGUUACGUGUCUGUCUGUCUGUCUGUCUGUCUGUCUGUCUGUCUGUCUGUCUGUCUGUCUGUCUGUCUGUCUGUCUGUCUGUCUGUCUGUCUGUCUGUCUGUCUGUCUGUCUGUCUGUCUGUCUGUCUGUCUGUCUGUCUGUCUGUCUGUCUGUCUGUCUGUCUGUCUGUCUGUCUGUCUGUCUGUCUGUCUGUCUGUCUGUCUGUCUGUCUGUCUGUCUGUCUGUCUGUCUGUCUGUCUGUCUGUCUGUCUGUCUGUCUGUCUGUCUGUCUGUCUGUCUGUCUGUCUGUCUGUCUGUCUGUCUGUCUGUCUGUCUGUCUGUCUGUCUGUCUGUCUGUCUGUCUGUCUGUCUGUCUGUCUGUCUGUCUGUCUGUCUGUCUGUCUGUCUGUCUGUCUGUCUGUCUGUCUGUCUGUCUGUCUGUCUGUCUGUCUGUCUGUCUGUCUGUCUGUCUGUCUGUCUGUUUGUCUGUCUUUCCGUCUGUCUGUCUUUCCGUCUGUCUGUCUUUCCGUCUGUCUGUCUUUCCGUCUGUCUGUCUUUCCGUCUGUCUGUCUUUCCGUCUGUCCGUCUUUCCGUCCGUCUUUCCGUCCGCCCGUCCCUCCCUCCCUCCCUCCCUCCCGGACUAUGCAAGGCUUUUACCCGACGAGGGAGUUUUAAGUUGGUGUCUAAAUGUGCAUUAUCUGUUUCCAAAGGAAAAUUUCCAAAGAAAGAGUGACACAUACUUUAAAAAAUGUAUGUAUAUUCCUUUAUAGACAUGUUUUCUUCAUCCCAGUCACAACAUUACAAUGUAAUAAAAUGGUAAAUAUAUAAAAUCA